GUACUCUUCAAACCAGUUCGCAUGAUUCUGGUUAUUUCUUUGCAGCGUACUAUUAACAGGCUCAUCACUGUGUUCAGUUAUAUCUCUUGGCGUCUCUAACUACAAUGUUCAGGUUUCUCUUAAUCUCCUCCAAAUCCAACUCUCUCAGAAAACCCAACUCUACAUCCUCCUAUGCACUCAGUAACUUGCACACAAAUCUUUGCGAUUCAUCAAGCUCAACUCUUUCCCCUCAAUCCUCUUCUCAUAUCUCUUCAAGCCCGUCUACGUAUCCUACACACCAUUGCAAUUUCAUAUAUCCAACCAAAACUCCAAAUGGGUAUUCGUUUUCCCACCGUUUGGGUCGAAGCUUCAGUUCCUUCGGCUCCCAGAUUGGUUUUGGACAGGUUUUUUCAUCUGGGUAUAGGCUGAAUUACGAAAAUUUCAGGAGUUGUGAGGAAAAUGGAUGUGGGUUUUUGAGGUUUCAGGGUUUUGUAGGUGGAUUGAGGAGAUUCAGUAGUGAAUCGGCCCGGGAGUCUAUGGAGUAUGAUGUUGUUAUCGUUGGGGCAGGACCGGCCGGGUUAUCGGCGGCGAUACGGUUGAAGCAACUUUGCCGUGAAAAGGGUGUCGAUAUAUCGGUGUGUGUUGUUGAGAAAGGCGCUGAAGUGGGUGCUCACAUCCUUUCUGGGAAUGUUUUUGAACCCCGGGCACUGGAUGAACUUCUCCCACAAUGGAAACAGGAAGAGGCACCGAUAAGCGUACCAGUUUCUUCUGACAAGUUUUGGUUUCUUACGAAGAGCCGUGCAAUUUCACUUCCUUGUCCUUUUGAUAACAAAGGAAACUAUGUUAUAAGUUUAAGUCAGUUAGUUCGUUGGAUGGGGAUGAAAGCUGAAGAAUUGGGAGUAGAAAUAUAUCCUGGCUUUGCUGCUAGUGAGAUAUUAUAUGAUGCAAACGACAAGGUCAUUGGCAUUGCAACUAAUGAUAUGGGAGUUGCCAAAGAUGGUUCAAAGAAGGAAAAUUAUCAGCAUGGUGUGGAAUUGAAAGGGUGCUUGGUGCUUCUAUCUGAGGGAUGUCGGGGAUCACUAUCAGAGAAAAUAAUGAAAAAAUACAAGUUGAGAGAGAAAGGGCAUGCUCAACAUCAGACUUAUGCUUUGGGAAUUAAAGAGGUCUGGGAAAUCGAGGAAGGAAAACACAACCCCGGUGCUGUGGUUCACACAUUAGGUUGGCCCUUGGAUCAAAAGACAUAUGGUGGAUCGUUUUUGUACCACCUUAAGGAUAGACAGAUUGCUAUUGGCAUUGUGGUUUCUUUGAAUUAUCAUAACCCUUUUUUGAACCCCUAUGAGGAAUUCCAGAAACUUAAACAUCAUCCUGCCAUCAUUCCACUCUUGGAAGGUGGGAGUGUUCUCGAGUAUGGUGCUCGCACUUUAAAUGAAGGUGGUUAUCAGUCUAUUCCAUAUCCAGUUUUCCCUGGAGGGGCAAUAAUUGGAUGUUCAGCUGGCUUCUUAAAUGUACCAAAGAUAAAAGGGACACACACUGCAAUGAAAUCAGGAAUGCUAGCAGCAGAAGCUACAUUUGGUGUACUUCAUGAAGGCUCAAAUAUGGAAACAUAUUGGGAUGCUUUACAGAAGUCAUGGAUAUGGGAAGAGCUAUAUGGAGCUAGGAACUACCGUCCUGCGUUUGAAUAUGGGCUUAUUCCCGGCUUGGCCAUGAGUGCAUUAGAACACUACAUACUAAAAGGAAGACUCCCCUUCACAUUGAAGCAUGGGAAACCUGAUCAUGAAGCAACUAUGGUUGCGAAGUUAUGUUCUCCUAUUCAAUAUCCAAAGCCAGAUGGGGUUUUGUCUUUUGAUGUACCAACCUCUCUACACAGGAGCAAUACAAAUCAUGAGCAUGACCAGCCUGCUCACCUUUGCUUGAGGGACCCCAAGAUUCCUGAACUUGUUAAUUUGCCAGACUAUGCUGCACCUGAGUCACGAUAUUGUCCUGCGCGUGUAUACGAGUAUAUCCCAGAUGAAAAGAAUCAACUGAAAUUGCAGGUCAAUGCUCAAAAUUGCCUGCACUGCAAGGCAUGUGACAUCAAAGACCCAAAGCAAAAUAUUGAGUGGACUGUGCCAGAAGGAGGCGGUGGCCCAGGCUACUCAGUCAUGUAGAUCAAGUGCUUACCUAUCUUCUCAUUGUAAUUGCAAAGGAAUUAUAUGCUUUGACCCUUUCAGAAAUAAGUAAAGCUUGACAAAGCAUGUUUUAUCGAUAAAGAAAUGGCAUGGAGAUGGCCAGAUCAAUCAAAUAGGCUGCAUCAUUUAUUAUUAGUAUUGAGACAUAUCAUCCAUAAUAAUACUUUACAUUCUCGCU